GCUUUGAACAAAGUCUGCUUCUGAAGGCUUUUGCAAGUGUGACAUCUGAUAGUGGAGCUGGGCAGCGGAGCUUCAGCUGAAGGAAAAGUUGUUCAGCAGUGGAUUUCUGCCUUCUGAGCAACAGGUACUUCUGAAUUCCUCUGCCCAGGCUGGUAGCAGAUGUGGCCCUUAUACAGGCUGAUGUUAUACACCAUUACACGCUUAAUUUCUCUAUUUGAAAGUAAUCUUGAAGCUCCAGCAAACUGGAUUGAAUUACAACUGAAUUGAAUGCACUUCUACAGCACCUUCCCUCAGGGAUCUGAACCAAUUUUCUCACCAUUGCUAAAUGCUGAACUUCCCCUGUACCCUCACAGACAUCCCUUUCCCCAGUGCAUUUACUAUGAAAGAGCUUUGCCGUGGGCCAUAGCCUGUAUUGCAGGGGAGUAUCACAUACUGAAAACUUACCUAACAUCCUGCAGAAAUGUGAUGAGUGGGUGGAGGAUGGGGAGCUAGAGCAUCCUCUGCAGCUGAGGCUCUGAAAUACUGGAGGACACUGCAUCUUCCUCAGGGACACGGGCAAGGGAGAGCUGGAGCCUCUGCGGGGCUCGGAAGGGAAUUGUGGUUGGUGGUCGCCUGAGGAACUUGCCUUCACCCCAAUGUUGCUCUGAAACGAGUCGUGUCCAACAGUCAGGUUUGGUAAGAUGCCUCAGGAACAGUACCCGCACCGGAGCACCAUGCAGACCUCGGAAGGACCCCAGGUAUACAAAGUGGGGAUUUAUGGCUGGAGGAAGAGGUGCCUCUAUUUCUUUGUGCUGCUCCUAAUGAUUUUAAUCCUGGUGAACCUUGCUAUGACCAUCUGGAUUCUGAAGGUUAUGAACUUCACAAUUGAUGGAAUGGGGAACCUGAGGAUCACAGAAAAGGGUCUGAAGCUUGAAGGAGAUUCAGAAUUCUUGAAACCUCUCUACGCCAAAGAAAUCCGAUCAAGACCAGGCAACCCUCUGUACUUCCAGUCCGCCAGGAACGUCACCGUGAACAUCCUCAACGAGAAGACAAAAGUCCUCACCCGCCUUGUAACAGGUCCCCAAGCAGUGGAAGCACACAGCCAAAAAUUUGAGGUGAAAACCCUCUCUGGAAAAUUGCUGUUUUCUGCAGAUGACAAUGAAGUGGUGGUUGGAGCAGAGAGAUUGAGAGUUCUAGGAGCAGAAGGCACAGUGUUCCCUAAAUCUAUAGAAACUCCCAAUGUCAGGGCAGACCCCUUCAAGGAACUAAGGCUGGAGUCGCCCACGCGCGCGCUGGUGAUGGAGGCUCCCAAGGGCAUCGAGAUCAACGCCGAGGCCGGCAGCCUGAAGGCCACGUGCAGGACAGAGCUCAGGCUGGAAUCCAAAGAUGGAGAGAUAACGUUGAAUUCUGCAAAAAUCAAACUACCUAACUUGCCUCAAGGAUCUUCCUCUUCUGCAGGGUCCAGGCAAAAAAUCUACGAGCUCUGUGUGUGUCCCAAUGGGAGGCUGUUCCUGUCCCAGGCAGGCAGCAGCUCCACCUGCCAGAUAAACACGAGCGUCUGCCUUUGAGAGACAAUUUGCAGAGGGGGCAUCACAGGCAGCACAAAAGCCAGUUCUGGUCUCACAGAUCCAGCUGCCAACUAUUUUUACUAGAACACAGAAAGCCUAUCAAAGACUUUUUUUUUGUGUGUGCGCGCGCGUGUGUGUGAAUAUAUAUAUAAAAAAUAUAUAUAAGAUAUAUAUAUAUAUAUAUCCUCUGUGUAAAAUGAUGUUUCAGUACAAGGAAUCCCAGGGUGACCCUGUUACAUUUGUGUAGCAUUUCUCUUUCCCACACCAAAAUUUACUGGUACAAUCUGCUGAAUUGGAUCUGAUGCUCCCCUGGACCCUUCUGUAUUAGGGUGCAAUGAUCACCCCUCGUUUUUGAUCAUGUUCAAUGGGAUUGCUGGCUGGGCAAGACCCUGGAACCAAUGCAGACCCACCACCAUCCAAAGGGAAGAGAAGCAUCUCUGAUUAUUUUUGUACCAUUAAAUCAGUGGCAUGAAAAAGAAAUAAUUUCAAAAACAACAAAACAGCCAGAUGUGCUGUGGUGAUCCCCUCCAGUGAUCCAAGAUACCUGAGGUUAAAUUACUCUUUAAUUAUCACUUGAAGCAUGGCUCCCUGUUGGGAGAGAUGGAUUCACUUGGGUGGUAGGAAAGUCCAGACCUUCAUGCUGAAAUAAGAAAUGUGAUUUUCUGAAAGCGUUCAACACUGGCCUGUCCAUGGCUAAAGAUGCCUUGUGUUAUUCAGGUGUGACACAUCAGGUCCAACAUUAACCUAAAAUCAUCUCUGUGCUGGCAAAACUGGUGUUGUACUUAGUUAUUGGAAGGAACAAAAUUGUGAAAGUUGGACUAAGUAGAAAAAUUCUGAACCUCUUUUGUUAACAGGUGUCCUGGAUCGCCUUACAAACUCCCCAUUAACACCUUCAAUUUUGAACAUAGUUGGUGUGAAGGUGUGAAGAUUUAAGAUUUGGACAUGGCCUAAAUACCUGUAGAAACAGAGAAAAUCAACUAGAAACUGAGAAAAUCAUAAAAUUAAGUGUAUAAUGUAGCUACAGUACCAGAAUUUUUGUCAUCUUUCUUUUCGAGAUAUACAGUCCAAGGUCACUUAGAUUUGGUGGAAGCUGCAAAUAUCAGAGAUGCUGACAAUGAAAGACUUUUUUUAAGGAUUUAUAAAGAUUGUGACAAAGCCAGAUUACUGAAAGGAAGAGCUUUGGAUGCUGGUUCCUCUAGAAUUUGAGUCCCCCAAACUCUGUGGUUGGAUCUUAUCACGGUUGCAUUUUUUCCUUAUUUUAAAGUCUAGGAGUCACAGGCAGGAUAAAACACAAAAAUUUGAUCUGGUAACAUUACUUCCACUUCUGAAAUUUUGGAAAAUAAUGAUAAGAACCCAGAUCAUUGAAAUUGACCCAUAAUUUCAUCCACAUGCAUGUAAAAAUCCUAAAAAAACCCCAAAUAUACCAAUUACAGCAAACGUUUCCAAGUCACAGUAAAUAUCACAAGGACAGCAAGGUUUCUAAGCCACUCAGAUGCUUUUGAAAUAUUACCUCAUGUGCAAAUAAGACAGAUCUGUGCCCAUCCCUAAUGAUAUCUAACCAAAGCUGGUAUUCUUCAAGUGAUCUUCAAGGCAAAACACAGCUGACAGAAAUCUUGAAAAAUAAUUUAGCCCAUUCCCUUUUUUUUUACAUCUUUUCAUGUAUUUUCUUGUGGUCUCAAGAGUACCAGGAUUUGACUUCUUUUUUUAAUUUUUUAUUUUUUAAUUAACAAUUCUGGCUUAAUCCAAAACUGAUUGGACUCAGAGAAGAUUUCUAUGGAGUUUAGAUUAGAUGUGUUGCUGCCUAACAAAGCAGCACUCCCAAAAACAUUCCUGAAAGAGGACUGAAUUAUUUCCUUUUAUUUCAAUAAUGCUUUUCUGAUAAAUUAACGAAUUCAAACUAUUUGUUAAUGAAUGAUUCCUGUAAUUAUUAUGUCUUGAGUCAACGUUUGAAUGCAAAGGGUCACCCAGGGUAACAAUUGUAUUGGGACACAGGACUGUACCAUCUCUGUUCAAAGAGGGGAAUUGUGCCUAUGCCUUAAGUCAAUGCACUCAGCAAGGAGAAGCACAUCAUAUUUAUCUUGUUAUUAAAUCUAGUUUAUUUGGGGGGCGGGGCAGGAGGGUGUCUUGGGAACUGGUUGUGCAACUUAAAACAGAUACUGAUGAAAUACAUUAAGACUGUAGGGGCACCUAGAAUGAUACAGACUUUUUUUUUUCUUACCAUGUUAAUUAUAGCAAAGUACUGUGUAUGUUACCUCUGGGACCAUGGCUGAAGUCCCAUUCAUAGUCCUACAUUUACUGUAGAUUUUUUUUUCCCUGUUUCAUUGAAUACUGAUCACAAACCUCAUAGCAAGUGUGACUCAAUCCAUAACCAAAUCCUGUGUGAGCAGUUUGAAGACAUGUGCUGCAGGAAGAGUUCCCUGUCAAGGGAUCAGAUUAACUUUCCAGCCCUGGGAGUAUCCAGGUGGGUGAGGAAGGCAGGGCUGAGCACAGGGACUGGCCCAUCAGGGCUGCUGCAUCCUGAUUUCUGUGCUCUGCUCCAGACACAGCACAGCUCAGUCCUCAUCCCUGUGCCACCCUCUGGCUGCUCCCAAUUUCCAUCACAACAAAUUAAUUUUGAGUAGCUGCUUUUCCCAGCUGGGCUCUUGGAUGAGGUUAUCACCACCUCCUAUCACAACAGCCAUAAAACUGCUAAGGUCAUUCAUAUCUUGGUGUGAAUUUCUGCUGGGGAGCUGAUAGGAAAUAACCUUAACACUGCAGAUGCUUCUCUGAGGUGAACAAAGGGUACCUUAAUUUUGUCUACAGAAAGAAAUUCUUGCUUCAAUAUAUUUUACAACUAUGUUUCCAUCUUUAAAAAAUAUAAAAUUAUGUAUUGUGUUGAAAUGUGAGGAAUUGUUUCUAGAAAGAAUGAACCCCUGUAGGGACUUGUAGAUCAUUUGAGCACCACUUGAGUUUUAAGACAAUGGUUUAGGUUAUGCUGCCUGUGCUGGUCAGCAAGUGGCAAACAUAAACACAGGCUGGGCAGAGAAUGGGUCAGGAAUAUUCCUGAGGAGAAGGACUUGGGUUGUUGGUUGAGGAGAAGUUCAACAUGACCUGAAGUGCAUUCACAGCCCAGAAAGCCAAUCCUAUCCCGGGCUGCAUCAAAAGCAGUCAAGGGAAGGGAUUCUGAGCUCUUGUGACACCCCACCUGCCGUGCUGUGUCCAGCUCUGGGGGUCCCAACAUCAGAAAGGUGGGGACACAUUUGGGUGAGUCCAGAGGAGACCAAAAAGAUGCACUGAGGGCUGGAGCUCCUGUGGGAGUGCUGGGGCUCUUCACCUGGAGAAGAAAAGCCUCCAGGGAGACUCAGAGCCCCAUCCAGUGCCUAAAGGGGCUCCAAGAGAGCUGGAGAGGGACUUUUAACUGGCUGGGAGUAACAGGGCAUGGAAGAAUGGCUUCAAACUGACAGCAAGCAGGGUUAGGUUAAAUAUUAGGAAGAAACUGUUUGCUGUGA